UAUAUCAUUGUGUAGCAACCAUUUUGUAAGACUAGGUGUUUCUGCUUUCCCGGCGUCUUUGCUAACUCGUGAGCGCGGAGCUGCUCUUCCUCAGAAGGGAGAAAUUUUACAGCGUGAUUCUUUAGAUAUUGAAGAAUCUGUCAGUAAGACGUUCAGGAAUGCCGGGACUCAGCUGUAGGUUUUACCAGCACCGGUUCCCGGAGGUGGAGGAUGUGGUGAUGGUGAACGUGCGCUCCAUCGCCGAGAUGGGUGCUUACGUCAGCCUGCUGGAGUACAACAACAUCGAGGGAAUGAUCUUGCUAAGCGAGCUCUCGCGCCGUCGUAUCCGCUCCAUCAACAAACUUAUUCGCAUCGGACGCAACGAGUGUGUGGUGGUCAUUCGAGUGGACAAAGAAAAAGGAUAUAUCGAUUUGUCGAAGAGAAGAGUUUCUCCAGAGGAGGCCAUUAAGUGUGAAGACAAGUUUACCAAAUCCAAGACUGUGUACAGUAUUCUGAGGCACGUGGCGGAGGUGUUGGAGUACACUAAGGACGAGCAGCUGGAGAGUCUGUACCAGCGCACUGCCUGGGUCUUCGAUGAGAAAUACAAGAAACCAGGAUAUGGCGCUUACGAUGUGUUUAAACAAGCCGUGUCUGAUCCUGCCAUCCUGGAUGGGCUGGACCUGACAAAAGAGGAGAGGGAUGUACUCAUCGAUAAUAUCAACAGGCGGCUCACACCACAGGCUGUCAAAAUCAGAGCAGAUAUCGAGGUGGCGUGUUACGGCUAUGAGGGGAUUGAUGCUGUUAAAGAAGCCCUGAGGGCCGGACUGAAUUGCUCCACAGAAGCCAUGCCAAUCAAGAUCAACCUAAUUGCUCCCCCACGGUAUGUGAUGACCACCACCACUCUGGAACGGACUGAGGGUCUCUCCAUGCUCAACCAGGCCAUGGCGGUCAUUAAGGAGAAGAUUGAGGAGAAACGAGGAGUUUUCAAUGUCCAGAUGGAGCCCAAGGUGGUUACCGAUACAGAUGAGACAGAGCUACAGAGACAGCUGGAGCGUUUGGAGAGAGAGAAUGCUGAGGUGGAUGGAGAUGACGAUGCUGAGGAAAUGGAAGCAAAAACUGAAGAUUAACAAGCCCUUGGUGUGUUAAAGGAGUUGAGGAGGUGAAGCGCCUGCAGCAGCAAGCAGACCCUCGUGGAGGGGAUACAGAGAUAUUCAGAAUAUGAACUGUUUUUGUAUCCUGUCAAAGUGGAGUGGGUAUAUAAACAUGUAAAAGGAAAAAAAAGGAAAAUAAAAAUUUAUAGACAAACUAAUAACGUUGGGUUUUGACCCCUCUGCAUAAAAGGUGAAUGGACUUCAACUGUCUUUCCCAUUUUACUUAAAGAAAUCACAAUCUAAAUUCAUUUUAUUAAAAAAAAAAGAUUACUUUUAUUGAAAA